AUGGCGGGCAGGGACGACCAGUGGCAGGGCAGCAUCCUCUACAACAUGCUUAUGAGCGCGAAGCAAACGCACGCGUCUCCGGAGGCGCCCAAGGCGCGGCUGGGGGGUCCGUGCUGGGGCUGCUCAUGCGGCGCUGUGCCCGGGGUGGGCAGAGAGGGGCUGCCGGGCGGGCGGGCCGUGGCGCUCCUGUACCGCUGCUGCUUUUGCGGUGAAGACCACCCACGGCAGGGCAGCAUCCUCUACACCUUGCUCACAAGCGCAAAGCAAACGCACGUGGCUUCAGAAGCUCCCGAGGCGCGGCCAGGCGGUGCGUGGUGGGAGCGCUCCUACAGCGCGCAGAGGCUGGCGGGUAGAGAGGGGCAACCGGGCGGGCCGGCCUUGGCGCUCCCGUACCGCUGCUGCUUUCCUGGUGAAGACCUCCCGCGUCGGGGCUUCAUCCCUUAUGGCAUGCCCACAAGCGCAAACCAAACCCACGCGGCUCCACAGGCGCAGCCGGGGCCCCCCUGGUGGCACACCUCCUGGUACGUGCAGCGGCCGGUGGUCCUCAAGAGUCCACAGGUGGUUUGGGAGGCAGCCUCGGCAGGCCUGUUGAAGACGCUGCGCUUCGUCAAGUACUUGCCGUGCUUCCAACUGCUGCCCCUGGACCAGCAGCUGGUGCUGGUGCGCAGCGGCUGGGCGCCCCUGCUCAUGCUCGAGCUGGCCCAGGACCGCUUCUACUUCGAAACGGUGGAGACCUCGGAGCCCAGCAUGCUGCAGAAUAUCCUCGCCACCAGGCGGCGGGAGACCGCAGGCGACGAGCCACCGUCCCUGCCCACGCUGCAGCCACAUUUGGCACUGCCGCCGGAGGCCAGGCACUUGCCCUCCGCAGCAGAUGUCCAAGCCAUCAAGAGCUUCCUUGCCAAGUGUUGGAGUCUGAGCAUCAGUACCAAGGAGUACGCCUACCUCAAGGGGACCGUACUCUUUAACCCGGAUCUGCCAGGCCUGCAGUGCGCGAAGUACAUUCAGGGACUUCGGUGGGGAACUCAGCAGAUACUCAAUGAACACAUCCGGAUGACGCACAGAGGGCACCAGGCCAGAUUCGCUGAACUGAAUAGUGCCCUUUUCCUGCUGAGAUUCAUCAAUGCCAAUGUCAUUACCGAACUGUUCUUCAGGCCCAUCAUUGGCACAGUCAGCAUGGAUGACAUGAUGCUGGAAAUGCUCUGUGGGAAGUUAUGAAGGCAUGUGGGCCACACAAGUGCAGUUCUCCAUGAAGGAAGGAUAAAGAGCUGUGGGUAGAAGAGUAAAAUAGUAUAAAAUAAACUUUCUUAUUAUUUUUACAUGCAUAGUAUUUUUGGAUUCAAUUAAAGAAAUACUUUAGUUACAGACAA